AUGCUGGCCUUCAUCGAGGAAUGGUCCGCAAAGCUCGGCGUCAAGAUCGUGUGCAGCCAGGAGACGGAGCCCAUGGGUACCGCCGGCCCCCUGGCACUGGCCAGGGAGAAGCUGGACGAUGGCUCCGGCAAGCCGUUCUUCGUCCUGAACAGCGAUGUGGUGUGCGAGUACCCUCUGAAGGACAUGCUGGACUUCCACACCUCGAGCGGCGGCGAAGCCACUAUCCUGGUCACCAAGGUGGACGACCCCUCCAAGUAUGGCGUGGUGGUUACGGACGGGGAGGGCAAGGUGGAGCGCUUUGUGGAGAAGCCCCAGGUCUUUGUGGGCGACAAGAUCAACGCGGGGAUCUACGUGAUCAACCCGUCGGUGCUCAACCGCAUCGAGCUGCGGCCGACCUCCAUCGAGAAGGAGGUGCGCGCGAGGUUCACAAAGGAGGCGCAAAGCGCCGCCGCCGCCGCCGCCGCUGCCGGGCGCGCUAUGGGAGGCAUCUGGGUGUUCCCCCACGUCGCGACCGACGGCAAGCUGUUUGCGUUCACGCUGCCGGGCUACUGGAUGGACGUGGGCCAGCCCAAGGACUACCUGUUGGGCCUGAACCUGCACCUGGCCAGCCUCCGCAGCAGCAGGCCCGCAGACCUCGCCUCCGGGGCGGGCAUCAGCGGCAACGUCCUGGUGGCGCCCUCCGCCAAGAUCGGCAGCGGCUCCCUGAUCGGGCCCGACGUGUCGAUCGGGGAGGGCUGCGUGAUUGGGGAGGGCGUGCGGCUGAGCAACUGCGUGAUCAUGCGCGGCGUCAAGAUCAAGAACCACGCCAAGGUCGACAGGUCCAUCAUCGGCUGGGACAGCCAGAUCGGCGCCUGGUCGCGGCUGGAGGGCCACAGCAUCCUGGGGAAGGACGUCCAGAUCAAGGACGAGCUGUUCCUCAACGGCGCCACGGUGCUGCCCCACAAGGAGAUCAAGGAGAGCGUGCUGCAGCCCACCAUCAUCCUUUGA